ACACGCACACCCCGCCCCGCCGACGAAAUAAAGUAGUACUAGUAGCAGUAGAAGGUAGCAGCAGCUAGGCAAGCGAUUCAGCCAGCGUCCGAAGAGCACAGGCAUGGCAUCGUGCUCGGCGAUCAUGGGGUGGUGCUUCGCCUGCCUGUUCGUCGCGAUCAUGGUGGCCGGCGUCAACGCGGUGUGCAUCGGUGGCACGGGCUUCCUCAUCUACGAGCUCGUCCGGGUCGCGCGGACGCCGCGCAGCAGCGCCGGCAGCAUCGUCGGCGUCUCCAUCUUCCUCCUCUUCUGGGUCUGCGCCAGCGCCAGCAUGUACCUCUCCUUGUGCAGCGCCUUCUUCCCGUGCUCUCGGUUCGGGGGCUGCAUCGCCUCUACGUUCCACGCGCUGUUGCCGUGCCUGCGCGGCGUGGGCUGGCUGCUGUGCCUACCGCGCCGGUGCGCGCGAGCCGUGCGUGCCCGGCUCCGGCGCUCGAGUAGGGGCGGCGGCGGCGGCAGUGCCUUUCCGCAAUCCGCAAUCGACGUGCUUCCGCGGGAGCCGCCGGCGCGCGGCAGGGCGCGGGUGGUGGCCACGGCUGCCGACAUCCCCGUGUACGCGGAGAGGGGCGCCGCCGCGCGGCCGGGCGGCGCGGCCGCGUGCGCGGUGUGCCUGGGCGAGGUGGAGGAGGGGGAGAUGGUGAAGCGCCUGCCGGUGUGCCUGCACAUGUUCCACCAGCACUGCAUCGACCCGUGGCUGCUGAGCGGCAAGUCGACGUGCCCGGUGUGCCGGUGCGACGUCUUCGCCCCACUGCCGGCGGAAAUGGUGUGAGAUCUUCGGAUUGGAUCUUGCAUUUCUUCCUUUUCUUUUCCGUUUUAUUAUCCAACAGUUGACGAUCGAAGAGAGAAGAACUGAUGGCGUAAACCGUGAA